GCCUUUCCCUCUCUAGUAACCCUCAUCUCAGAGCAGAGAACUGACUUCACUUCAGGAACAAGCUCAGCCCAGUUCGGAUCCCUCUUUGCACCUCCAAACACUUAACGGAGGAGGCGAGCAAGAGGGGUUCCCUCUGUCUGGGUGGCACUGGUUGAACAUGGUUUAAAGAAGACUUUUUUUUUCUUUUUUUCUUUUUUCCCUGCUAUUGAUUUAUUUUUUAUUUUUUAUUUUUAUUUUUGAAUUCCUGAUGCAGAGAGAAACUGCCUGCAGGCUGGUACAUUACCACCACAUCAUGAGGUCUAUGGAUCAAGAAGAACCGACUCCACAUAAAACCAACAGCCCACCCUCUGGAGUUGCAUACGCUCAUGAUGUCUUGGACUGUGGCCUCAAGCCAUGCCCCCUGCCUUUUUCUAGCCUUUCUGCAGAUCCCAUGGGCAGAUAUGGACAGCCAGAUAGCAUAGGGACAACACCUACAAACCCUGCCAACGCUGCAGGGGCCUCUGCUCCGAGCCCUAGGAUUGAAAUUACUCCAUAUCCUGAACUGAUUCAUUCAGGGGGUCCCUACCGCAGCAGAGACACAGAUGUUCUUUUGGUAGAACAUCAGUCAAACUCAGCUACCGCUAGCCCGAGGGUUACCCUGCCUGUCCCUGGCUUUGAGGGCUACAGAGAACCACUGUGUUUGAGCCCAGCUAGUAGCGGCUCCUCUGCAAGUUUCAUUUCAGAGACAAAUUUAUCUCCUUGCACAUCACCAUGUGUUUCACCAAAUAAUGGUCCUAGUGAUGACCUUUGUCCGCAGUUUCAAAACAUCCAUACUCAUUAUUCUCCUAGAACCUCUCCAAUAAUGUCACCACGAACAAGCAUCACGGAGGAAACCUGCUUGGGACAACAUUCACCAUCACCCCGUCCCAACUCAAGGUCUUCGUCACCAGGUGCAAAACGGAGGUACUCUUGCACUGAGCUCUACAAUACUCAGCUGCCUUCCACUUCUCCACGACAGUCAAGGACCCCCUCUCCACAAUCUUCUCCUCGCAUCUCACUGAGGGAAGACAGCUCUUCAGUUACUUACACGCAGUUGCCCACCGCUUCUAUUUCCAUGGAUGCUAUGAACAGCCUCCCUACAGAUCCUUCCUGUGGUGUUCCCACGAAAAUUUGGAAAACCAGCCCUGACCCUUCGUCCAUGCCUUCCCACAAAAACAGCAUUCCAUGUCACGUCUUUCAGACUGUUGACUUCCAUGGGCCUUGUGAGCAGGAGGACAGGAGAAACUCAGCCCCAGAAUCGAUUUUGUUGGUUCCUCCAUCCUGGACAAAACAACUGAUGCCGGCAAUUCCUAUCUGCAGUUUGCCCGUCCAGUCGCUCCCACCCCUUGAGUGGCCUCUCUCCAGCCAGUCCGGCUCCUACGAGCUGCGGAUCGAAGUGCAGCCCAAGCCUCACCACCGUGCGCACUACGAGACGGAGGGGAGCCGAGGGGCAGUCAAGGCACCGACCGGAGGCCAUCCCGUCGUUCAGCUUCAUGGUUACAUGGAGAACAAACCCUUGGGUCUUCAGAUCUUCAUUGGGACAGCAGACGAACGGAUACUUAAACCCCAUGCUUUCUAUCAAGUCCAUCGCAUUACAGGAAAAACUGUCACCACCACGAGCUAUGAAAAAAUCAUAGGCAACACCAAAGUUUUAGAGAUCCCACUGGAACCCAAAAACAACAUGAAAGCAACCAUCGACUGUGCGGGGAUUUUGAAGCUGAGGAACGCGGACAUUGAGCUGCGUAAGGGCGAGACAGACAUUGGCAGGAAGAACACCCGUGUCCGGCUCGUCUUCCGCGUGCACAUCCCCGAGUCCAACGGCAGGAUCAUCUCUCUGCAAGCAGCAUCAAACCCCAUUGAAUGCUCCCAAAGGUCUGCUCAUGAACUUCCAAUGGUUGAAAGACAAGAUAUUGACAGCUGCCUUGUGUAUGGAGGACAACAGAUGAUUCUGACUGGACAAAAUUUCACAGCAGAGUCCAAGGUUGUGUUUACAGAGAAAACUUCAGAUGGACAGCAGAUCUGGGAAAUGGAGGCAACAGUGGAUAAAGAUAAGAGCCAGCCUAGCAUGCUUUUUGUAGAAAUACCAGAGUACCGGAACAAGCACAUUCGCACACCUGUGAAGGUGAAUUUCUAUGUCAUCAAUGGUAAAAGAAAAAGAAGCCAGCCCCAGCAUUUUACCUAUCACCCAGUACCAUCAAUCAAAACAGAGCCCAUUGAUGACUAUGAUCCAGCCUUAAUCUGCAAUACAGUACACAGUGGUCUGGGAACAGUAACACAGCCAUACUAUUCACAGCACACAAUGGUCACCGAAUCCCCUUCCUGUCUUGUGGCCACUAUGGCUCCCUGCCAGCAGUUGCGCUCAGGCCUUUCUUCUCCUGAUUCGCGAUACCAUCAGCAGAAUCCGGCUGCUGUAAUAUACCAAAGAAGCAAGAGCCUUAGCCCAAGCCAACUGGGCUACCAGCAAUCCAGUUUGAUGGCUACACCAGUUGCUAUUUCAGAUGCCCAUAGGUCAGUGCUGGUGCAUGCUGGUUCUCCAGGCCAAACUUCAGCAGUGCUCCACCACUCUCCAGGCAACCAGCAGUCUUCUCCAGUGAUUCACUAUUCUCCAACCAACCAGCAGCUGAGGUGUGGAAGUCACCAAGAAUUUCAGCACAUCAUGUGCUGUGAAAAUUUCACAUCCAAUGUUGCAAGACCCAGCCAGCCCCAAGUUAGUCAAGCACAAAGGUUAAGUCCGAGUUCAUAUCCUACUGUGAUCCAGCAGCAGACAGCUUCAGGCCAACGAGCAGCAAAAAAUGGACCACCAGUCAGCGACCAGAAAGAAGUAUUACCAGCUGGAGUCACUAUUAAACAGGAACAGAACCUGGACCAAGCAUAUCUGGACGACGUUAAUGAAAUUAUCAGGAAGGAAUUUUCUGGACUCCCUGCCAGAAAUCAGACAUAGAAGAAGAGAUUUGUGAGACAACUUUUACCGAAUCCUUCCAUAACUGACCUCUUAGAUCCUUCCAGUGCCCCUGCAACCUCCUGCUUCCUUAACUGUUCAUCUCAAGGCAGCAAUUCAAUGCAAGGAACAAUGUAUUGGCAUCAAGCUGACAGCCUUGACUAAGCAACUCGCCACCUCUCUCUGUAAACACCGAAAAGGACACCCUUCCUUUUGUCCAAAGAUCGUAUUGUUCUCAUGUAACGGAGCAUCUGUCUGAGGAAACUCUUCAAGCCUGCUGCAAAAUAUCUAGCUAUGUAUCAAUCAAUCUAUCUGACUAAUAAGGGAGAAGUAAGAUGUCACUCCUGAACGCCACACAAAGCAAGGGAGAUUAUAUAUUAGUGCUUAUUUGGGUGGGGUGGGAAAUGAGGGAAGAAAGAGUAACAUACUCCAUAACAGAAUAGCAACAUUUUGCAGUUCACUAACAACAAUUUGCCCUCCAGGUCACAAAGCCCUUCUGAAAAAAUUUUUUGUUGUAGGAAACUGAGGCAGCCCAAGCUUACUCGGCCUUUAUCCAACCUGGGAGCAAAAGCUGUAUUUUCUGACCCUGAGCACUGUGAUCAGUAUUUCAAACAGUAGCUAUCAGCUGAAUCCAGGAGUCUUCUCCAUUUUUUUCUUGUCUGACUGGAUAGGAAUUUGACAGAGAAGGAUGCUUGCAGAGAACCAGUGAAAAGAGCAAUUCAUUAGUUGUAACACCCGUCCCAAGGUAAAAUAAACUCACAUAAAACAGAAAUUAAUAUAUAGGAGUUACAGUAAACCCAAAGAUUUUUAUGAUUUACUCUCAUUAAUAUUUAGGCUGUGUAUCAACACAUCUUAGAUAUUUUCUCCCUUACAAAUUGUUGCUGUUUCUUUUCACACAGAACCUGCUGUUGGCUGGUACCUUGUCUCAGCAGCUGUAAUGUUUAACCACACAAAGCCGCAAAGCUGCAAAAAUAUUUGCAUUUUACAGAAGCCAUAUGUUCCAGAAAAAGUAUACACUUCCUUAUAUACACCUUGUCUCUUUAGCUUUGAAAAGCUACCAGCAACUUCUGGAAAGGUUAAAUUUCCACACAAGUUAGUAUGUUUGUUAUGUUUUGCUUCAUGUGUCUGAAUAUAAUGUAGUGACACAUGCUUAUCACAAUAAGAGAGAACUUCUGCCACUUGCAGUUGUACAGCUAGCAAGUUUAUAACAUUUCGGUGUGUCUUUGGUACCCCACUGUUAUAAAAAGGUAUCCAGAGUCAAUAAAAAAUCUGCAGUAAAAAGUCACCAUAAUAUUGUAGGCAGUACAUAGUAAUCUUUAGUGGUUUUGUAUAAGAGGAAAGCUGGUAUUUGUUAUGAGUGCAGAGCCUGAGCUCUGUUCUAGAAAACACGGUGAAACUACCCUGUUCUCAGUUGUUUCACAGCAGACUUUGCUGAUUACCAAUGUGCCCACAUGCUCACAGUAGGAAUUAGGUUAUAUGAGUACAGAAGACCAGCAGAGCAGCUGCCUACUCGCACAAACCCUACAGACUCAGUUCAACAGAAAUCUUUUCAGGAGUAUUGAGAAAAAAAAAUUUCUGCCACUUAAAGGUGACACUCAAACUCUGCAAGGAGAGAGAUGGAAGUGAGGGACAGAAGCAUGAGACUUUCCAGAACAUCCGACCCUAGCCUCAGCUACAAUCUUAACCUGAAAGCUGAAUUUCACAAGAGCAGCUCUAAGCUCUGGUUUCAACUAAGCCUAGAUCCAUAACCAGAGCAGAGCCAUUCUUCAUUGCAAAUCCCAAACUCACAUUAAUAUCACGGUUUGAGAAGUUUGCUUCUUUUCCCCCUUGAAGCAGGCGUUACCUGCUUGGUGAGACUGAAAUCUUUUGUCGCAGAACAAGUCCCCUGGCUCCCAUUUCAGCAACACCAAGGAGAGGUCCCUGCAGGUCUCUGGUUGAGGAUGACACAUGCUGGUGCUCAUGUGAGCACCAAGUGCUGCACCGGGAAGUACAGCUGCCAGCGGAGCCGAGCCUCAGCCUGUCACUGCAGAAGUCAAUGGCCUUUUUUCUACUGACUUUUGCAGGAACAAAACUGAGGCUUGGACUAGCUGAAAUGGCCUCUGUAUGGGGGAGUUAGUGAUUGUUAAACAGCACUUAUACUGUAUAGCAUUUCAGCUGGCUCACAUGCCUCAAAUAAGCUAUUUUGAAUUGUUUUUAAACUGCCAUAUUGCCAGAAUCUGCCAUAUAUUAUGGAUUUUUAAUGCAGUUUGACAUUUUGGACAAUUUUGAAAAAUUCCUAAGGACAAAAGUUGCCUGUCAGAAAUUCUUUAGUGCGGCUGAGCAAAAGAACAGUUUCACAGGGUUCACUGCCAAAAACGACCAUCUAGUUUUCCCCAAUCCAACCUGCAAGAUUAAGGUAUAGGAGAAAUUUAAAAAACAAAACAAAACAAACCCAUUCACAAUAAAUAAAUAAAUCCCCAAAUAAGUGACAGAAACAUUUCUCUUGCUGGAUUUCAAAUAAAAUAUCAAAGAAUGUGAACUUCUUUGCAAAUCUCUAGACACAUAGAUGUGGUCUGAACAUAUUACUGCUUAUUUGGUGAUUGCCAAUAGUAACUGACUGUCAAUAAUCCUCUUUAUACAGAUGAACAUCUGCUCUUUAAGUCAGAUAGCUGCACACCAAAUCCACUAGCAACUUUCCUCCCGCAACAUGCAACUGUAGUAUGUGUGUUCAGGAUCUGGACUGACUUUAAUUUUAAAUUUUUGCCUCUGUCCCCUGGUGAUCAUUUAAGCAUCCUUCUCCCCUUUUUUCUAUGAAGCAUAAAUGUGUAAAGCAGACAAGAAAAGUACGGACCCAUAGCAAAAGCUUUUAAGCUUUGAAAGGGAUGCAUGCAGGCAGACGCCCUGAGCCCCUGCAGUGCUCCACUGAAGCUACUGUGCAGGAUGCACCAUUAAACAUGAGAUCUACAACUGAAAGAUAAGAUAUACACUGCUUGUAUGUGUUCUUUCAGGCAGUUUGCUGUAGAGAGAGAGAGAGGAAUUUAUUUUUUUUUUAAAUAUAUAUGCUACAAGUGCUUUACUCGUGCUUGCACUAGCAGUAUUUCUUCCUCAUUUUUAAGGCAUAGAUACUAAUCUGGAUGUGUGUUUGUGUACGUGCAUAUACAUGCAUAAUUAUAUAAUAUAACCAUAUAAGUAUAUAUGGUUAUAAUAUAUAUAUACACACACUUAUAUGCUUCUGUAUGAACACACACAGCAUUACAAACUUCGAUCACAAUCCUACACAAAUUGGCUCCAGUCAGGCAGACCUAUGCAGGCACAUGGAGCCAGCUAGUGGAUCAAGUGUUCAUAAGAUGUAUAUAAUAUAGACUACAUUUUAGUGGUUUUAUUUACAGCUACAUGAGGUCAGGCUGUGCUACUCUAUCUGCUCUUACGUGCCACCAUUAGUUAAAUAAUACAGCUUUAAUCAGCUUUAUAUUUAUUUCUGAAGAAAAGGAGUAUCCUCAGACAUAGCGUUAUGCAUUGUUGUCUCUUUUUUUAAAAAGAAAACUGCUAUGUUAAAAUUAUAUAGCUAGGCUGAAGAACUUCAAAAUAUACAGUACUAAAUUAUUUCCUGUUCUUGCUGAGCAGUGUUUUUCCAGUAUUAAUAUUUUGUUGCAUAAUACACCUUGCUCUCUUUCUGUAGAAGCAUUAGCUUAACCUUGGAAGAGUUAAUACCAUUUUAUGAGUAAUUUGUUCUCACUUUAUCUGGAAGAUAGCCAUAUUUGCACAUGAGGAAACUCUGUCUUUCCUCAGUUAUCUGAAUGUUUCACCACAGUGCCUUCCUGCCAUUGUACCAAAGGCCUCCAAAUAUAUUGUCUACAGGGUGAACAACUCUAAUGCAUUUUCCAUCAAAGUUAUACCAUGUGAAGUGCAUGGGGCUCAUUGGAACUCAAAGUUCAUCUCUUUUUUUUUUUUUUUUGUGCGUGUGUGUGCAUUUUUUUUUAACUUCCAUUUUUCCAUCAAAGCUUUGGCUGCAAAUACAGGAUGAGCUUCUAUAAACGUCUGCAUCAAAUAUAUGAAUACGUAGAAUAAAAUCAUCAUUCAUGAUAUGUAAACAGUCUAAGAGUGGAAUGGGAGUGGACAGAUAUCAGGAAGAUUUUUUAUUUUUUUUUUGUCAGUUAUGGGUGUUGGAAGAACGGUUUGCCAGAAGAGUAAUUGCUUGUGAAGAUACUUGCAAUGAAAUAUGAAGUCCUGUUUUUGUUUUUCUCCAUGAGAAUGAGCAAAAUGUAAGAUCUGAACAGCAAUGGAUUGAAAGUGUCUAAUGUAUGUGUUUUUAUUGGUAGAAAGAAUGUAGAAGAGCCAUGGUUUUUGCACUUGCUUUAUUUGUAUCCAUGUAAAUAUGUAUCACUCCAUUCUUCUGGUAGGAAUACAGCAUUUUCUGAAUGUAGAAUAUUUCCAAAACCAGCACUAUGUUAUUCUCUAUUGUAUAAAAUGCUGCUGCUUGAUAACAUAUCUAAAACAGUUCUCAAAUUAGCUAGCAUGUUUUUAAAGUAUAUUUUGUAAUCCAUAUCUUUACAAAAAAAGUCUAUGCUUUUUGUCUGACCAAAUAUGCAACACCUUUUGGAUUAAGAAUAGUAUUUAUAAAGGAUCAAUUUUCAUUUUUCUGAGUGUAUUAAUUUUCUAUGCAAUUGCUGUUGAAUUGUUAUUGUCCUAAAAAAAUGCAUUUGAUACAUUUUCCAAAGACUUCAAAGCCAGCUUUAAACACUUUGGAAGUAUGUUUCUAAAUAUUUCAAUCUGACUUUUUUCCCUACGAUUCUUUCCAAAUUGCUUCUUAAUAGAGAACAAUUAUCUGCCAUCUGGGAUUCAAGAAAAUGAGUAUCUUAAUUUCAAAUCUUAAGUCGAUUCACAUCUUCAUAAAUCUUGCACCACAUAAAAUCACCUGAAGUUCCAGUUUACCUGCAAUUCCAAGUGUUUGUUAUUUAUAUUACAUACUCCUAUGCAAUAGGAAGAGGUGCCUACGUCAGGUGAAGAACGGGUGAACUGCAAAUUCUCUAGAAAUCAACUGUUUGUUUUCCUUGUCGUUUACAUUGCAAUGAUUUCGUACAUGUAAAUGUAAGGCAGCUAUCUGCCACCAAACAUGGGAAAUUAUAGUUCUUUAUUCAUCUCAGUUCAGAAUGAAUAACCCACAUUUUGAAUGUUGGCAUCGGUCUUUAAUGUCUGCUACUUUAUAACUGCAGCAGGUGAUAGCCGGUAGUAAUUUCUGCCAAUCAGUGUCUAAACCAUUAUGGUCUGUUUAAGAUUUGUUUAACCAUUUUCAUUGUUCCUCAUGUAGAUAAAAAAUAAUGAAAUAAUUUAAAAAAUGGGGACCUGACCCACGCUACAAUAAAAAUUUGAAAUGAAGAUGCUGGUACAUCAUAUAAUCUAAUACUUCAUAAUAGGCUGUGAGUGAGUGGUUAUCUGGGGAGAAGUUAAUAUUUUAAGUUUCUUUUCAAUAACUCUCUUAAAAUAGGGAAAUUGGGUAGAAAGUUCUGGAAUGACUGAGUCACAAAAAUGGAUAAUGAUCCCUGUGUUUGUAUUAUGUCACACGUACCCAGAUACGUGAUGGUAGAAUAACCAGUUAUUCUUGCAGAGCUCUAAGGAUUAAACUGCCAUCAUUUUACCGGUGCUGGUUCAGUGCCUUACUACAGGAGUGCGGUGAGACCUGGGAACAUAGUCAAGGUACUGCAGAGUCUUAAUAGUGGUGGCCUAACUGGGACCCGUGUGUGUGUGUGUGUGUGUGUGUGCGUGUAAUUAUGAAUUGUUCCCCCCACCUCAAGAAGUCCAAGUGUCCUUGUUGAAGCCCUGCCCAUAUGUCAAGGAAAAACCCGAAGUUAACAGAUACGCAUCUCUCAAAUUAUUCUAACAGAUGUCUUUUUAAUUAAACUGUUUGUUUGAAAGACUAAUUUUAAGAACUGAAAAAGGGUUUAUAUAAUUCACAUUCCUAUGACAACAUUGUUAACCUCCAAUGUAAUAAUUUUUUUGCUAUCAUCUGUAAAAUAUUUUUUAUAUAUUGCCUGUACUAUGGUAGUUUAGCAAUAAAUGAGAGGAUAUCAUCUGCUG